AUGUCCAUUGCCACUGCACGAGAGCACGACCUGAUAGAUACAAUCCAGGAAAUCCUGCACGAUGCCGGUCUCGACUUUUCACUAAGCACCGUGCUCAUCACGCUCCUGGCCUCCUUCUCACCUCUUAUAAUUCUCCUGGCAUUGGGUCUCACACAAGGCAACUCUCGUCUUCCACCGCCAGCUGGAUGCCGAAAACUGGGUCUCAAAGGACGCAGCAACCUAGAGGACCAGUACUCAAAAAAGUAUGCCAAGGGCGCCGAAGCCACCCCAGCAAAGCCAUGGACCAUCAAGGCUCUAUUCGUUUAUCCUGUGAAGUCUUGUGCAGGCGUGGAAUUGGAGCAAGGCGAAGUCAUCCGCACAGGAAUGAAAUACGAUCGCGAGUUUUCCUUUGCUCAGCUGGUCACGAGUUUGCCAUCCUUGGACGGCAAAGUCACGAGCGAAUGGCAUUUCAUGACUCUACGCAAGUUCCCCCGGCUCGCCAAAGUAGAAACAGAAAUAUGGGUGCCAGAUCCGUCAAGCAAGGACUACCGUGAGGAUGGAGAGUGGGUCAAGAGCGAAGGCUGCAUUGUCGUGCGGUUUCCCUUUUCGCCAGAUACGGACUUUUCGCUUCAGGGUAUAUUGAACUACGGUAAACUAUUCGCUGCGAGGCUUGCCAGGAAGUCCGAGCCCAUGCUUGAGUUCAAGAUACCGUUCAACCCGACCAAUGAGCAUGCGAAGAGCAAGGGAUAUAAGCAUGAAGUGUUGAAAAUCAUCAAGGAUAGCCCAGUUGCGCUCAACGUGGGCUCUGAGAUUGAUCCUGAGAUUCUUGCAAAGUUGAGGUACACCUUGGGUGCAGCAAACCCUAUUACUCUCUUCAGGAUCGAUAUGAACAAGUACCGUGAGGUGCAUAGAAAUGCACCGAAGAAGGAAGACGUUGGAUUUCAAACCGUGAUUGGGCUACAGGACGAUUACCCUCUGCACAUUCUCAAUCUCGCUUCAGUCCAUCACUUAGCUGCCAACAUCGACAAGCAAAAACAAAGCAAAUAUGUCUGGCAAAACCACUACACCCUCCUAAAUGCGCUCCGCUUCCGUGCAAACAUGUAUGUCACCGGCCCCCCUGCUUUCGACGAGGACAACUGGACCAAGGCGCGCAUCUCACGAUCCGAAACCACGGGUGGGAAGACCUCUGUGGAUCUGCACAUUUCAUGCCGUGCCACGCGCUGCAAAUUGCCCAAUGUUGAUCCAGAGACUGGUCUUACAGAUCGAAAUGAGCCUCUGACCACGAUGCGGAAAUACCGCAUCAUUGAUCAGGGUAAUCCUAAUCCCUGUUUGGGUAUGCAUGUCACUCCGUUAGAGAAAGGGCUGGUGGGCGUUGGCGAUAUCGUCGAGAUUUUGGAAAAGGGCGAGCACUAUCAUCUCAGUGCUGAGGGACCGAUUGUCCAUGGCUAG